AUGGAGGAACGGGACGAAGUAACAGCGACAUCAUUUCGUGUGAUGGUCUCUGAGGCGGAGCCGUACAGCUUCCAGACGUGUGCUAUGCAACAGGUGCAGAGCUCAGUGCGCAUUACGCACAUCACCUUCACACCUCCAAGCAUAGAAGAGAUGGAGGCAUAUAUACAACAGCAGGAAUCAAACUCCGACUCCACACCAGGCAGAAAUGACGCUUUACUUCGUUCCUCAACACUCGCCAGUCUUCGAACGCUUUGCGCCUCGGGGAAACUGGAGAGUCACGCCGUCGCCUGUUUUCCAUGGACCGUCCCCACAGAUGCAGCGGCCUUGGAAGACAUGGCGACAAAUAACAACAACAACAACAACAGCCAUAACAGUGGUGAUAAUAAGAAACACAAAAGCAAUAAAAAUGGGAAAGAAAACAACGGUAACAACAAGAAACUGGCUUCCUCCUCAACACAAAUCACUGCUUCCGCAUGCUCCGCUGAGCGUGUGCAAUUGGCAGGGUUUUUUGAAGUGGCACUUCCACGACAGACAGACAUCUGCAGUAAUGUCGAUCUCCGCUUUGACGUGGAUGGCUCCGUCUGGCUUGAGGUAAAUGGCCCCGGCAGCGUGACGUUCUUUGGUGAGCAGUACUCCUCUCUCAUCCCGGAGUGGUUGAGUCAUCACUUCUUCACUGUUGGCGACGAUGAUGAGGAGGGCGAGGAUGAGGAGGGGGAUGAGGAUGAGGUGUACAGCGAUGGGGACGAGAGUAUGAUCAUGGGAAUGCGCAAUCUGAUUCGUUGA